GUGGUGCGGACUUUUCCCCUCUAUUUGAGAUGUUGCUCCUCUCCCGUCUAGUUAUCGUGGUGACCCUGGGCCUUUCGGUUGCAGGAGCCCCGUCAGCGUCAUCUCUACCUGUUGUUCAUGAGUCUCGCAUCCACAUCCCCGCCGGCUGGGCGCCUGUGCGCCGCGCAGAGCCCAGCAUGAUCUUACCAUUCCGCAUCGGCCUUGCGCAGCCCAAUCUCGAUAUGAUCGAGGAAUUCCUCGUGGAUGUCUCUCAUCCCGAGUCUCCAAACUACGGGAAGCACUGGAGCCCUGCGAAGGUCGCUGCGACGUUCCGCCCAACGCAAGAGUCUGUCGAUACGGUUAGCUCGUGGUUACUCGAGAGUGGCUUGGGGCCGGACCAUGUCAAGCUCAUCCCUGGUGGAGGAUGGAUACAAGCCAACGUGACCAUCGAGGAAGCUGAACAGCUGCUUGGGACGGAAUACUACGUCUAUCAAUUCGGUGAUGAUGAGAGCUACACGCACGUCGCGUGUCACGAGAAAUACCACUUGCCUGAGCAUGUCUCGAGGCAUGUCGAGCUGGUUAUACCGACGUUACACUUCGACGUCAAGCCGAAACGAACGCCUCUGCAAUUCGAGAAGAGAAAUGGAGCAGAAGAGGACGCAAAUGCCCAUGCGGUCGGUCAACCUGGUUUCGGCACCACUUUCCCGAAGACUACGGGCACGCUGGAGAGUAUCGCAUCGGAACUCGCAAAUUGUUCUAAUGCAAUUGUCCCAGAUUGCCUGCGUGUGCUCUACAGCUUCAACUAUACACCUGUUUCCGACAACGAGAGGGCCCUUGCCAUCGUUGAGUAUACUCCGCAAGCAUACGUCGCCACCGAUCUCGACAUGUUCUUCGGGGAGUUUUCCCCGAGUCAGAUCGGAGAGAGACCUAUGUUGAACAGUAUCGAUGGCGGAUUUAUUCAAACCAAUCAGACCGGAUUCGACUACAAUGGCGAAUCGAACCUGGAUCUACAGUAUGCGAUGACGUUGGUCGGUAAGACACAACCUGUUCAGCUCUACCAAGCAGGAGAUGACGUGGAAGGCGCUUCAUUCAACAACCUUCUUGACGCUCUCGAUGGUUCCUAUUGCACAUUUGAAGGAGGGGACGAUCCGGAGUUUGACGCCAUAUAUCCUGACCCGUACGGUGGCUAUGAGGGUCCGGAAGCGUGCGGCACGGUCACUCCCGCAUAUGUGAUGUCAACAUCAUAUGGAUAUAAUGAGGCCGAUCUGACUCCAGCGUAUGAGGAAAGGCAAUGCGCCGAAUAUGCUAAGCUCGGCUUGAUGGGUAUGACGAUCCUCUAUUCCUCCGGCGACUAUGGUGUUGCAGGGAACGGCGACUACUGUUUGUACUCGAACGGAACUCAGGCUGCCGGCGCUCCGGAUUUCAACCCAUCAUUCCCGGGGACGUGUCCUUAUAUCACCAGCGUGGGCGCUACCCAAGUCAAUCCAGGGUCGACGGUCUACGAACCGGAAAGUGCUUGCGAGCAGGUGAUCUAUUCCGGCGGCGGAUUCUCGAACGUCUUUGCCAUGCCGUCCUAUCAGAAGACUGCCGUUGAGAAGUAUCUGACUGACUAUCCACCUCCAUACUCGCCAACAAUAUAUAACUCGUCCGGAAACUCGCGAGGAUUCCCAGAUAUCUCUGCGAAUGGUGCAAAUUAUGUGGUAGCUAUCCAGGGAGAGUUCUAUCUCGUUUAUGGUACAUCAUGCUCGUCACCGGUCUCGGCAUCCAUAUUCUCUGCCAUCAACGAUGCGCGCUUUGCCGCCGGGAAAGGUCCUAUUGGCUUCAUCAACCCAACGAUUUACACAUCCACGUUCAUGGAGGCAUUCAACGAUAUCACCAAUGGGUCGAACCCAGGAUGUGGCACUGAGGGAUUCUACGCUGAACCUGGUUGGGAUCCUGUUACCGGUGUCGGCACACCAAACUUCACGAAGCUAGUCGCGUUGUGGUUGGAUCUCCCUUGAGGUUCAGAUCAUAGCAGUAGAACUUCGUUUGAGUGUAGCAUUUCUGAGGGAUUAGUGGGACUCGAGUCAGUUGUGCAUUGACAAUGACACAUCGCGGCCUCGUCUUCAACAGAGAUCAUAGUAAUAUGCGUGCGGAAUAGAGGUACAGUACCGUGCCAUGUCGACAUGCCAUGCAGGCGG